AAGGGUUACGAGUGUAAAGAAACAGUAUUGUAUUAUUGGGUGAUACCAUUUAUCAAAACAGUUGUGUGAAAUUAUUAAAAGAUGAAUUUCAGUUCUAUUCAGUGGGGUUCAACACCACUGCACUUUCUGCAAACUACAAAAAUGAUAACAACUAAAUUGUUAACCAAAUUUUCUUAAUGUAUCUCUUGUGUGCAGUAUAGCUAACGUGUGGCCAGUGUGUGUUACUAGUAAAUUUAGACUUGAUAUAUUUUCAUCUGCAAUAUGAUGAUGGAUUUAAGCCUGACUUCCUUCAUUUCUGAUGAUAUUCAUUUUACUGUGUAUUUGUGUUGGCAAAUUGGUGGUUAGUAAAAAGAUAAAGGAAACAGAAACAUGAUUUGGGGGUCAUUUGAUAUUUGUUUUUUUAAUUCAUUAUCACCUAGAUUUCUUUUUUACAUUUAUGCAUUCUCUUUUCCUUGUCUUUCCGGUUUUCUUCAUGUGCUCCCCUAGGUUAUAAAUACAGGCAGUAAUUGCGUGCUUGAAUAACAGCAGAAGCCUGGUCGCCUGACUUGCUCAUAAAUUGGUUUUGCCGGUGCAUGCAUUGGAAAGGGCGGUGGCGCUGCCAAAAAAAAAAGAGAGUCGAGGAGAGGGAAAAGAUUUUGUCGGAUUCAUUUGACAACAGUCAGUUGCAGAUAGGAAUUGGGUGCCCAGUAAUGACCUUGAUCGAAAGCUAUGUCAUUAAAAACAAAUUCUCUCGACAAUUAGGUUUAUUUUUCUUUAUUAGAUCAUUUUGUCAGAAUCAAAAUGAAAGCUGCAUCGUUUGAGCGAGCCCCCUCCCUCCCUUUGCCCACAGAGCAACAACACUGCACAGGGAGGAGAGAGAGAGAGAGGAGGAGAGAAAUCAGUCUGGCUCGGAGGGCAAACAUUUCCAUCCAUAACAACGCAAACAUGGACACACAGGAACGAAAGAAAGCGAAAUGGGCACCAGCGAGGUAGCAGGCGGCGUUCUGCACGUAGUCAUGCAGGGUAUUUUCUUGUUCUCAGCGUGGUGGAACACACGCAUCUGAUUUUAAAAAGCCCAAUUUCUUUCCUCCACCUACUGCCUCCCUGCGAUGGCAACAACAGCGCCUUACGGAUUAUGUUUGAUUAUUUUAAUAUACGGUGGCUGUGCGAGGGGGCAGAUUCACUACUCCAUUCCGGAGGAGCUGGAGAACGGCGCACAGGUGGGUGAUAUUGCCCGUGAUUUGAGUGUGGACCUGAGGAAACUUACCACCCGUCGCAUCCGUGUGACACCUGAAAGUGGACGGAGAUAUUUCACCGUUAAUCACAAAAAUGGCAAGUUAGUAGUGAGUGACCGUAUAGACCGGGAGACCCUUUGUAAAGUGGAUGACACCUGUGUGCUCAGGCUUGAGGUGAUUUUGGACCACCCCGUGGAAGUGCACAACGUAGAGGUGAACAUUCUGGACGUUAACGAUAACCCACCGGGUUUCCCGCGUUCGGAGUACCUCCUAGAAGUGUCCGAAUCUGCUCUAACUGGAUCAAAGUUCCACAUCGAGGCCGCUCAAGAUCCAGACGAUGGCUCCAACUCUGUGAAGCAGUACCGUCUCAGCCCCAACCAGCAUCUAACACUGGACUCUGUUAAGCCCUUCUCUAAUAACAACCACAUUGAGCUUAUUCUCAAAAAGCCUUUUGAUCGUGAACAGACGCCAUCUGAUCAGCUCAUCCUGACAGCAGUGGAUGGAGGCAUCCCGCAGAGAAGUGGCACAGCCAAAAUCAAUGUACGCAUCCUUGAUGCAAACGACAAUGUGCCUGCUUUUGACAGCUCCGUGUAUAAAGUCAAAGUGUAUGAAAACACCCCAAAGGGAACCCUUGUGAUUCAAUUAAAUGCUACAGACCUUGACGAGGGCUCCAACGGGGAUGUUUUUUACUCCUUCAGCAGUUACACUCCAGAACGGGUCAGACAGCUGUUUUCCAUGGAUACAGACACAGGGAAGAUAACAGUGACAAACAAUAUAGACUAUGAGGAGACGAGCGCGUAUGAAAUCUACAUUCAGGCCAUGGACAAGGGGCCGGCCGCUGUGGCAGUGCACUGUAAAGUAGUGGUAGAAGUUAUCGACGUUAAUGACAACGUCCCUGAAAUCGUCCUGUCAUCUCUCUCCGUUCCUGUACGUGAGGACGCCCGCGCAGACACAGUUGUUGCUCUGGUUAGCGUAAACGACCGAGAUUCUGGACCUAACAAGCAAGUCGUGCUGGAUCUCAUGCCGCCAACUCCCUUCAAAAUCAAAUCCUUCCGUACCCACUACACCGUCGUCACUUCUGCAUUUCUGGACCGUGAAACUAUCUCAUCCUACAACAUCACCAUACGUGCCAUAGAUGGAGGAACACCCCCUCUGUCAUCUCAAAUAACCUUUGAAGUAGGCGUUGCAGAUGUAAACGACAACCCGCCACGAUUCGAACAAACAUCGUAUACUGUUUACAUCACGGAGAACAAUGCACCAGGUUCGCCACUGUGUGCGGUUAAAGCCACGGAUGCUGAUGCGGGAGAAAAUGCUCGCAUUACUUAUACUGUCCUCAAUGACAACAAUCACGGCAUCCCCGUGGCGAGCUACGUCAGUGUCAGAUCCCACACAGGUGAGGCCUAUGCCCUGCGAACCUUUGACUUUGAAAAGCUGAGAGAGUUUCACUUUCAGGUUAAAGCACAGGACAAUGGCAUGCCACCGCUAAGCCGCGUGGCCACUGUCUAUGUUUACAUUAUGGAUCAGAACGAUCACAAGCCAAGGAUUGUGUACCCCCCUGCCAACGGUAGCCGCACCUCAGAGACCCUGCUGAAGAACGCCGAGGCUGGAGUGUUGGUAACAAAGGUGGUGGCGUGGGAUGGGGAUGCAGGGCAGAACGCUUGGCUGCUAUAUGCCUUUCAGCCGCCUCACAUGGAGUUCGACCUCUUCAAGUUGCACGAGCACACUGGCGAGAUCCGCACCACGAGGCGAGUCAUUGAGGAUAACUCCACCUCCUUUGCUCUGACUGUUCUGGUGCGUGACAAUGGCCUGCCGCCACUCUCAUCCACCGCGACCAUCCAUGUGCACGUGAUGGAGCUCAUGCCUAAGUUGACCCCCGACCCGAAGCGCAUCAUCAGGCCCGAAAGCCCCUUGAUGUUUUCCCAUGUCACUAUCUACCUCAUCAUCGCCCUGUGUGCCACCACCUUUGUGUUCUUGGUCACUGUUUGUGUGCUGGCCAUCGUGCGUUGCCAUGCCUACUGCACCCAGCCCGGUUCCUGCUCCCCUUGCUGUGUAUCCAAGGAGAGUCGGCCCGAGGGUAGCGCCGCAACCGCCAGUGGAGGCGGAGGACGACCCCCAUCAGGGCGAGGUCAGACCAGUGCCAACGUGGCUCUGCGCCGAGAUCUUAAAGUAGAACCGCAUUACAUUGAAGUGCGGGGCAAUGGGUCCGUGACCAAAACGUACUGUUAUAAAACAUGCCUGACAGCAACUUCCGGAAGCGACACAUUUAUGUUCUACAACACGGGACGACCCCACAGUAGCACCUGGGGCUCCAGCUAUGUCACCAGCCACAGCGGACACAGCCAGAUAAUUGUUCGCCGUCUCAGUAUGCCAGAUGCCACUGCCAUUCAGCCAAAGGUCCCAAAUUCUGACUGGAGAUAUUCAGCCUCCCUGAGAGCAGGUGGUGUAAUGCAGAGCUCAGUACAUAUGGAGGAGUCCUCUGUGAUGCAGGGAGCCCAAGGUGUUCUGGUUCAGAACUGGCCCACAGCAUCAAGCGCUGCUGAUGCUGAAGGGGGAGAGGUCUCGCCCCCAAUGGGUGCCGGAGUCGACAGUAACAGCUGGCACUUUCGUUACGGCCCCGGGGGUCCCGGUGCACCCCCCCAGCACCUGAAGCCCGGCGAGGUUCCCCCCGAAGCGUUCAUCAUCCCUGGCUCCCCCGCCAUCAUAUCCAUCAGACAGAACCAGGGAGAUGACGACAAGAGCGACUUCAUCACAUUUGGAAAGAAGGAGGAGGCCAAGAAGAAGAAAAAGAAGAAGAAGGACAAGAAGGACAAAAAGGAUAAGGGAAAAGAUGAUGACGAGUAAAGAAGCGAGAGGUGAAAAUUGGCAAAGAAAAAAAAAGGGUGUUGCUAAAACAGAGGUACCAACCAAAGUCCACUGGGUUUAUUUGUAACCUGGCCUUUACCUUCAGUUCCUUACUGAGGUAAAAUUUCUUGCCUUGACAAAAAAUAAAACGAUUGAUUUUCACCCAUGCCCCCAUGUGCCUAUACACCCCGACUUAACUAUACUGUUGUUAGCAAAACGCAACAUCAGUCCUAAUUGUUUAACCCAUUGGGCAUGUUGGCACCUCUGUAUUACCCCCUCCCCAACAAUAAUGAAUCAUGCUCCGUGAGAGUGGACAAAUAACUUUGUGCCAGCCAAGGAAAAGAAGUCAGAUGUAUACAAUCUGGGGCUGGACAAACACAUGUAACACACACGCAUAUAUCCACGCAACCUGUAAAUAGCACUGGGGGGAGUCACCGAAACAAAGGCCAACAGUCUGCUGCAGAGUGCUUACUACCAACAGUGUUUCCUGUGAUCUCAAACAAUCCACAUACUUACAUGCAUGCUCACACAGUCCAACAUGCUAACACAAACUUUGCGAUGUGGACAUCGACAGCACUCAAAAAAAAGUUUAAAAAAAGACCAAGAGGGAGAAAAUAAUGUGCUGAAAAUUCGACACAGCAAGCUUUCUGUCACCGAUGGGGUAUCAACUCUCAGGAUGGAAGGAGCAUCCUUUUGCUAUCACUCUGCAUUUGCUUCCUGCUUUGAACGGACCGAGAGCUACUGCUCCAGACGGAAACUCAAGUCAAAGAGCACCGGCAAGUUGGAGAGAUGCGAAGAUCCCUCACACUCUCUUGAGGAUCACCAAGGAGGAAGAGUCCGUCUAUCAGUCGGUGGACUCUGAAGAAAAUAAGCAGAAUACUAUUCGUAGAAUCUUGAGAUUUUGAUAACGCCCCUUCUUAUGUCCCCAUGCUGCAGCAAAAGCCGAAAGCUUUCUGCUUUGAAUGUUUGGUAGCGAGCAGUCCUUACCUUUUCCACCUGCUUGUGCUCCCCCAUGCUACCACAAACUAUGUCUCACCCCAACCCCACUGACUGCCUCUUCAUGUCAAGAUGAAGUAAACCUACUUUCCUUAAUUCUCUGAAGAGAUUCACAGUACAUGUUUUUGCCAUUUUAUGUAGAGACGCGCGCCCCCACCAUCACCCUCCUCAGAUUCUUGCAUGUCUACACCCUCAGACGAUACCCCACACCCCCUGCUCAGGACCCUUCCUGUGAAAACGGCCUGCUCUGAACAUUGUGGUGUGCUGACAACAGCAUGGAGUAAUGUGGAUGUGGCCCAUCAGGGGGUGGAGCAGAGCGGGGGGGCCCUACGCUGUGAACUCUUGUCUCGAAAAGUGCAAAACGGUUCAGUGCUUUUAACAUGUGAAUACUACACGAUGAUGUUCACUUCGCUGACGGGAUCGGGUGGGAUUGCGAUAAAUCGCAGGGGCACAGGACCGGACAGGAAGCGAGGAGCCGGGUACCUUGGGCUGGCCCUCCCCCACUCAAGUUUGCAAGAUUGAUUGAUUGUUUAUGAUCAUGGAGUUGCAUAGUAUCUUUUACGUACGCUGUAAAUGUAGCGUUUGAUUGAUUGUCUCUACACUAGUAAUUGAACCUGCUAAAAAUACAAAAUGGCAUCCGAAAUAUAACAGCUAAAUCCCACCAGUCCUCUGAUGGGGCAAUAAGUACGAGGCUGAAACCUGCCUCCAUGCUUCUGUUGGUCCCCCUCCCCUGCCUGUAACUCCUGUUACCAUCUUCCCCCAAGGUUUUGCGGCUCUGUAUGAUGUCACUCCAUUAAGUGGCUGCUGCAUGUACUGCUCUAAGGAAACACAUACUAUAUAGAGAAAUAUAUAUAUAAAUAGAUAGCAACAAUUUUAUUUUUUUUGUAUUAUUAUUUUUUCUCUUCAUUAUUCACACGGGAUCUAUUUCUAUGUACUUCUCUUGUCUAUGCCACACAUCAAUGUAUUACAAUUGUCACGCUCUACCGAUGUGUUAUGGCAUCCACUAACCUCUUUCAACAUUCGUAAUGCUAUAGUGUGAAAUAUACGUUUUAAUGCAUUUUCCCCAAAUUUUGAGUUAUGCUUUUGAAAACAAGCAAAGAAAAAAGACAAAAAAAAUAUUCUGUCCGGCUUUGACAUGAACUAACACUGUAAUAUUGUAAGUGAAAUAUGUAUGAUCCUAUGAUGAGUUACCACUUCCCUGUCAUUCUUGCAAAAAAUAUUAAAAAAAAAAACAGUGGGGGGAAAGUAUAUGUACCUGUAGUGUAUGCUUGUAUUUAGUGAGCUUUCAUGCUGUCAUUUUUUCCCAGUGUAUGGUGGUGAACUUUGGUGGCAAUGUGCAGUCCCAGUGAGGACCAGCCAAGAUCUGUUUUAACCCCCUUCCCCACCCCCACCCCCACCCCUUUUUUUCCCUUUUGGGUACACCUGCCAUUGUGACCGUGAAAUAGUGAAUUUCAUUUACCUUCAUUCCCUUUCUGCCUUUGAUUUGACCUAAAUGGAAACAGUGGUAAUGUGUUUUGUUUUUAAUUCACAAAUAAAGUUUUCUUUCUUAAAAA